CACUGUGGUUCACAGACGCUCCAACCAGCAUGAACACGAUUUUCAUCAUCGGCCAAAUCAUCGGCAUCGUCCCCAUGUCCGUCCUGCUCCUCUUCUUCCUUGCCAAGCUGGUUUCCCGCCACCGCAGCAGCCAUGUACAGGACGGUUACGGCUACGCUGUGCUGAUAACUGGCUGCGACAGUGGCUUCGGAUAUCAGCUGGCUCGUUCUUUGGACCACAAAGGGUUUGUGGUCUUUGCCGGGUGUUUGUCUCCAGAAGGAGCUGGUGCCCAGAGUCUGGCCAGACAGAGCUCCAGUAAUCUGAAAAUCCUCAAGCUGGAUGUCACCAGAGAUGAAGAUGUGCAGCAGGCGAAGAGGACGGUCCAGGAGAACCUGCCAGAGAAGGGGUUGUGGGCAGUUGUGAACAACGCUGGCAUCACCGACUGGGCCGAGAUCGAAUGGAGCACUAUCGAAGAUUACCACGCCAUGCUCGACAUCAACCUGUUCGGCGCCAUCAGGACCUCUUUUGCAUUUCUACCUUUAGUUCGUGCCACCAAAGGCCGGAUGGUUUACAUGUCGAGCAUCUUUGCCUUCUUCAACUGCCUGAACAUGGGAGCUUACAGCGUGUCAAAGAGAGGCCUGGAGGCGUUCGCAGACUGCCUACGGGUUGAAAUGGCCAGUUUUGGUGUGAAGGUCAGCAUCAUCCAGCCGGGUAAUUUUGGCCAAGCCACCAACAUCCUGAGGAUGAAAUCAGGUUUGGAUAUUUGGAAGAAGUUGGACGACGAAAAAAAGCAAAUCUUCAACCGCCAAUACAUCGAUCUGGCCAGCGAGUACUUCAUGUCCACAUGCAGGACGGGGUUCAAGAACCCCGACAUGGUCAUUGAUGCCUUGCUGCACGCCAUCACAUCCAGUCAGCCCAAGCACAGAUACGUGUUGGCCUCUGCAAUGGAUUCGUUUUUCUUCCAGCUCUUCCCUUUUCUCCCCAGCGUCCUCACCGACGCUGUGUUUUCUUUCAGCUCCAUGUACACUAAAAGAAAAGAAAUGCUUUACGCUAAACCGUAAAAGACAGGAGCAA